AUGGCUCGUGGUGGCCAGGACGAGCCUGAUAUCGAGCGGGCCAGUGAGAAACGCCCUGAUGAUCGCCGUGGCUCCCGCAUUUCGCGCGCUUCUCUGAAAGAGGACUGGAAUCAACUGGAUGAAUACGGCAAAAUCAUCAAAUAUGUUUCGACUUUCGAAAAUGACACCGACCAGGAGGAUGAUCCCAAUGUCGAAUACAAGCGUAUCUGGUAUGCUCCAUGGAUGAAGCGCAAGAUUCACCUCAAGCCAGUCGAUGAUGCUGUCGCCGCCUAUCCUGAUAGCUGGCUCAUGACCAACAUCCAUGAGGGUCUGAAUGGUGAUGAUGUCGCUGCUCGUCGUCGUCGCGCCGGCUGGAAUGAACUGGUCUCUGAGAAGGAAAACCCGAUCGCCAAAAUCCUUUCCUACUUCCAGGGCCCUAUUCUUUACGUGAUGGAGCUGGCUGUUCUCUUGGCUGCUGGUUUGAAUGACUGGGUUGACUUUGGUGUCAUCAUUGGAAUCUUGUGUCUGAAUGCUUCGGUCGGCUGGUAUCAAGAGAAACAAGCUGCCGAUGUGGUUGCUAGUCUCAAAGGCGACAUUGCUAUGCGAGCCAUUUGUCUGCGUGACGGCUAUGAGAUGGAGAUCCUAGCUCGUGAACUUGUCCCUGGUGAUGUGAUUAUCGUUGGUGAAGGCCAGGUCGUUCCUGCCGAUGCCAAGGUCAUAUGUGAUUACAACGAUCCUAACGGAUGGGAAGAAUUCAAUGAACUCCAAGAGCAAGGUAUGCUCGGUGGGGGUUCUGAGAGUGACGAAGAGGACAACACAAAGGACCAAGAUGACAAUGGUGAGGGACCUGCAGAUGGCGCCGAGCAAAGUGGAGAGAGUCACAAGCAAAAGCAGAAGUCUCGUCGUCGUGGUUAUCCCAUUCUGGCUUGCGAUCACUCUGCCAUUACUGGAGAGUCUCUUGCUGUGGAUCGUUACAUGGGAGACCUGAUCUUUUACACCACUGGCUGCAAGCGUGGCAGAGCGUAUGCUGUGGUUCAGAGCGGCGCAAAAACGUCCUUUGUUGGUCGCACCGCGUCAAUGGUUAACUCUGCUAAGGGUGCAGGUCACUUCGAGAUUGUGAUGAACAACAUUGGAGUUUCGCUACUCGUUCUGGUUGUCGCUUUCAUUCUCAUUGCUUGGAUCGGUGGUUUCUUUCGCCAUGUUCCCAUCGCAUCGCCCGGACAACAGACCUUGCUUCACUACACUUUGUCUAUGUUCAUCAUCGGUGUGCCUGUUGGUCUACCAGUGGUCACGACCACCACAAUGGCUGUAGGUGCCGCAUUAUUGGCAAAGAAAAAGGCAAUUGUGCAGAGGCUCACGGCUAUUGAAUCUCUGGCGGGCGUGGAUAUCCUCUGUUCGGAUAAGACUGGAACACUAACAGCCAAUAAACUGAGCAUUCGGGAUCCCUAUGUCGCAGAAGGUGUAGAUGCGGAUUGGAUGUUUGCAGUCGCUGUGCUUGCAUCCUCUCACAAUACCGAUUCACUGGACCCAAUCGACAAAGUGACACUCCUAUCGCUCCGACAGUAUCCGAAAGCACGGGAAAUCUUGCGUCGCGGUUGGAAGACUGAGAAAUUCACACCCUUUGACCCCGUUUCCAAGCGUAUUGUGACUGUGGCAACAUGUGAUGGAAUCCGGUACACUUGCACCAAAGGCGCUCCGAAGGCAGUACUCCAGCUCACCAACUGUAGCAAGGAGAUCGCAGACCACUACAAGGCUAAAGCACAGGAAUUUGCCCAUCGUGGAUUCCGCUCCCUGGGUGUUGCUGUUCAGAAAGAAGGUGAAGAUUGGACUCUUCUCGGGAUGCUGCCAAUGUUCGACCCACCUCGUGAGGAUACAGCAAAGACAAUCAGUGAAGCACAGGCCCUAGGUAUCAGUGUGAAAAUGCUUACUGGUGAUGCAAUUGCCAUUGCUAAGGAGACCUGCAAAAUGCUGGCACUAGGCACCAAAGUCUACAAUUCCGACAAGCUGAUUCAUGGUGGCCUCAGUGGUGCUAUGGCAAGUGACCUGGUUGAAAAAGCCGACGGCUUUGCUGAGGUGUUCCCUGAACACAAAUAUCAAGUUGUCCAGAUGCUCCAGGAACGGGGACAUUUAACCGCUAUGACAGGCGAUGGUGUGAACGACGCGCCCUCGUUGAAGAAGGCUGAUUGUGGUAUUGCCGUUGAAGGUGCAUCUGAAGCAGCACAAUCUGCAGCGGAUAUUGUUUUCCUCGAGCCUGGUCUGUCCACCAUCAUUGACUCGAUCAAAGUUGCACGUCAAAUCUUCCACCGUAUGAAAGCGUAUAUCCAAUACCGUAUUGCGCUUUGUUUGCACCUGGAAAUUUACUUGGUCACAUCAAUGAUCAUUCUCAAUGAGAGCAUUCGAGUCGAGCUGAUCGUUUUCCUGGCUCUUUUUGCCGACCUUGCAACAGUGGCUGUGGCUUACGACAAUGCAUCCUUUGAACUUCGUCCGGUUGAAUGGCAGCUUCCGAAAAUUUGGUUCAUCUCUGUGCUCCUUGGUGUACUUCUUGCACUGGGCACCUGGAUUGUUCGCGGCAGCAUGUUUCUUCCCUCGGGAGGUAUUAUCCAGAACUGGGGCUCAAUUCAAGAAGUUCUGUUUUUGGAGAUUGCGCUCACAGAGAAUUGGCUCAUUUUUGUGACUCGAGGCAGUGACACCUGGCCAUCUUUGCAGCUUGUUUGUGCAAUUCUCGGCGUGGAUGUCCUGGCAACAGUCUUUUGUUUGUUCGGUUGGUUCUCCAAUAAGGACAUGCGCAGCAGCCCGGCCGAUAUGUUUGUUGAAACUACCAACGGAUGGACUGACAUCGUCACUGUGGUGCGCAUCUGGUGUUAUUCGAUUGGCGUUGAAAUAGUUAUCGCUCUCGUUUACUACAUUCUCAACAAGAUCAAAUGGCUUGACGAUCUCGGUCGCCAGAAGCGCAGCAAGGGCGAUAUCAAGGUCGAAGAAAUCCUUGGUCAUCUUUCCCGCUUGGCAAUUGUUCAUGAAGAGCCUGGUCAGCCUCCUAGCCGCUACUACCUAGCCACAAGCAAGGAGGAAGACGAGGAGGACUGA